AUGAGCCCCAGACGUUGUGCUGCUUGCAAGUAUUUGAGAAGGAAGUGCCCUCCAGAUUGCACUUUAUCUCCCUAUUUUCCUCCUAAUGAUCCUCAAAGAUUUGCUUGCGUCCAUAGAAUCUAUGGUGCUAGUAAUGUCGUCAAAAUGCUUCAGCAACUAGAUAGUCAUGAUCUCCGUGCUCGAGCGGCAGACUCUUUGUUUUUUGAGGCACAACGUAGGAUUGAGGAUCCUGUCUAUGGUUGUGUUGGGAUUAUUACACAAUUACAUCAUCAAAUACACGAAGCUGAAACUGAGCUGGCAAAAACACGUGCCGAGCUUGCCCUAAGGAGUUCCGGUACUGCUCUCACAAGCCAUGUACAAGAUCAAACCUAUCAUCUUCAUCAUCAUGAUCAUCAUUAUCAUAAUCGUGAUCAUCAUGAUCAGCUGCUUGAGAUUAUGGAAUCCGACCUCAACAAUCUCUUGCAGGGGCAGAGUAGUAUUCAUGAGCAAUCUCGCUUUGGCCCCACCACUAAAGCUCCUAAUUGGCUGGUUUAG